GAUUUGCAGGUAAUCAAAUUCAAGCCAUGGAGUCCAAGAAGUCUAACAAGAUCAGAGAUAUCGUUAGGCUUCAACAGAUCCUCAAGAAAUGGAGAAAGCUUGCAAAUUCAUCAAAAACAACAAGCGCCAUCAACAACACCAACACCAAUAGUAAUAACAAUGGAAGUAAAAGCAUCAAGUUUCUGAAAAGGACACUAUCCUUAUCAGAUAACCCAGUUCGUGAAGCAUCAAGCAAUGUUGUCCCAAAAGGGUAUCUAGCUGUUUGCGUUGGAGAAGAACUAAAGAGAUUCAUCAUCCCAACUGAGUAUUUGAGUCAUCAAGCAUUUCACAUUUUACUAAGAGAAGCUGAAGAGGAAUUUGGGUUUCAACAAACAGGUGUUCUCAGGAUUCCUUGUCAAGUAUCUGUUUUCGAGAAUAUUGUGAAGCUGGUGGAGGAAAAGAAAGAUACGUUCUUCGAGCAGGAAUGCUGGUUCAAUGUGGAUGAUAGUAAGAGUUAUUGCUCAUCAGAAUGCCCACUAACUCCAUCUCAUCAUCCUCAUCCUCAAAGUCCAAUGUGCAGAUAGUUUUUUUUUUUUCCCCCCUUCUCUUCUAAGUCAUAUUGAACUUUUUGUUCUUUUUUUUACUUCUUUUGUUGAUUGCGGCCAUGUAUGAGAGAUAGAGAAUGAUCAAUAAGAUGAUGUAGA